AAUAGUUCCUCUCAGUCCUGCCACAUACAAGUUCACAUUUUUUAUCAGUUUUCCUCCGGCUGGACUCUCAAAAUGAAGGCCUCUUCUAAAGUGUAUAUAUGUGUUGUGACAUACUUUGCGGCUGUAGUUUGCCACAUGGCAAACGGAAUGGAUUUGAACUGGAUCAAAGACUGUCCAAAAACAUGCAACUGUCAAGUCAGUCACUUUGACGAUUUGUCGAUAAGCAAAAGUCUGAAUGAGAUUGAAAGGAAAUUUCAGAGGGAUUCCUCCAACACCGUAGACAACAAUGAAGCUACCAUUCAGAAAAAUAGUGUGUUCUAUGAUAAGAAGCAGGCAGACAUUCUCAUGGAGGCUGCUCAUCCAGAACAGUCUUUUUUCAAUACAGCUAUCUGCGUUUUACAAGAGGGAGUAACUGUAGACGACUUUUUUACAGGGUUGCCAUUAGAAAUACAGGUACUAAAUGUGCUGCAGGGACCUGAAAGGGUUCCAAUAUCGAUUGAAACAACGCACCUGACGAAGUUCAACGAUUUACAGGUCUUCGAAAUUUUCGGCUUCCACGAUGAAAACCCUUUGAAGGAGGAAAAUCAGACAAAACUACUAUUUAAAGCUGAUUUCCCAGAUUUGGUUCCAAGCUUACGAUAUUUGCAUCUAGAAAAUGUGCGGCUGAGGGAAAAUUUAGAACUGAGCAACCAUAUUAACGUCAAUGAAGUUGAUGAUGCAAACUUUUAUUCGCGAAACGAUCAUGAUGCAAACGAGAUUUUAGAAUCAAACCUCUUGGAAAAAAAGUGGAGUUUCAAAAGUGGGAUAGACCCUCAAAAUAGUGGCCACUGGAUCAGAGACGAUAAUUCCAUACCUUCUGAGGACGAAUCAGAAAUGAAGCCUAGAAACAAACGAGCAAUCCAAACAACACAUUCCGCAGCAAAAUUAGUGUUUGUUGAGCCCCCAAAUGAAAUUAUUCCAUACGAAGUUUACAUAAAAAUGCAGGAAAAAAAGAAGUAUACAGUGUUCUCGGGGCUUAAGAACUUGAAAUACUUGCAAAUCACCGAUAGCAACUUAAGAGAGAUUGACUGGGAGUGGUUUGACGAUUUGAAGAGCCUUGAAAUAUUGUCGCUGGCAAACAAUCAGAUUGAAUACAUUCCUGAUUUUACUUUCCAUGCACUCAAGAACCUGCGAAUUCUAGUCUUAACGAAUAACAACAUUCAAAGUCUGAUAAGCACAAGUUUCGCUGGUCUAUUGUCCCUUGAAACUCUAGAUCUGUCCAAGAAUGAUUUGAUGGAGCUAUCAGACAUGUCAUUCCCACCCUUCCCUAAACUCAAAACCAUCGACUUGAGUGACAAUCCACUCAAAUUUGUGAGGGGAAACACUUUUGAGGUGAUGAAUAACACGCAGAAUUUAUACUUGGGCAGCAAAAGUGAGAACAUUAAAAUUCAAACAAAUGCAUUCACUGGCCUAGGUAUGCUACAAUCUCUCGAAAUCUCUGGUAUUCAACUCCAUCUUCUUGAGCGUGACUUCUUUCGUGGAAUGUCAGAUUUGAAAUACUUGCAACUUCAAGGAAGAAUUGAUUACUUGGCUUACGACGCUUUCGGAGAAAUACUUCUGACUAAAGAGAUAAUUUUGAGAAACUGCUCGAUACUUGCUUUAUCAAUGGAUACUUUUUAUGGUUUGUACAAUUUGGAAAAAAUCGACUUGUCUUACAAUAACUUGAAAAAACUCCCUCCGAAGUUGUUCGAGCAACAGACCCUGCUGAAGGAGAUAGUUCUGACCGGAAAUCAACUGACGGAUAUUCCUGCAAAUUUAUUUUCAGGCUUGUCACCGAAACUUAUUCACCUGCAGGACAAUCCAUGGCUGUGCACUUGUAAAAUGAAGAUUUGGGCAAUUUUGCCGAUAAACCAAGUGAGGCAGAAAAAGGAUAGGUCAUGUAAAUAUUAUGCCGAUAAAAGUUUCAGGUGCAGUUCAGAUGACAAUCAAGAGAUUGAGUAUGUCUAUAGUCGUAGUGUGGAACCGCGGUGUUCUGCGCCCAGUGAAUUCAAGGGCUGGACUGUUUCAAAGGUUUUGCGAAAAGGACGUGUUUGCAUAGAUUCUCUAAAUGACAAACAGAGGAGGUUGUACAAGAAACAGAAAUAUGAAAUGUACUUACAAAAAUCUGAAAAUAAAACGAAUCAUACUUUGUACGAAAAAACGGGUAUUCAUAAUGAUGUGAAAGGGGUAAUAGAAAGAAAACUUAAAACGUUUUGAGGCUGAAGGUUUUUUUGUGAGGACGUUAAAAUCUUAAAAAUUAUUUUUGUCACUCAGCAAUGGGCUCUGAACCUCUAAGACUGAUUUCAGUAAGAGGACUCAAGAUAUUGGUGCUUUUUUAUUUAAGAGACAAAAAUUCUGUCAUGAGGAACGUACGGAAGGGAAAAGAUUGGCUGUAUGAAAUGGGAAGAAAAAAAUCAACUUCCAGUAGAGGAGCUCAAGGUGAGAGUAAAUCAGAAAAAUAGAAAACAGAGGAUUGUAUUACAGCAAGAAAAAUAAAAUACACCUGCUGUAAAGUGUAGAAUUGAGUGGGACAGAAGUUCAGAUAGAGAUACAGUUUUGAGAGGACAUUAAGGACAGAAAACUUACCUCUUAGUAGAGUCGCUGCAGUGCCUUUAAAAAUACUCCUAAUUCCUCCUUCUUUAUACAAAUGUUUUACAACAUCAAUAGGGCCUUUGUAUUUGGCAUUUGAACCCUCUUGGAUCUAUAGAAAAAGAGCAAGAUGAACUGCAUGAGUAAAGCACUGUCUAACACCUAAGGAGUUGGUUAUGUCUUAUUUUUGAAUAUCAAGGUUAGCACGCAGCUUUCAGUUCCGAAAAGCAGACACAAAAAAUUGGUGCAAGUUCCUGCUUUUAAUAUAAAAAUAUUAAUUUGAGAGUUUUGUAAAGUAUGAUAGAAGGAUAAUUAGGUAGCAUAUAGUGAAAUUAAACAAAUUUUUUCGUCAUUAUUUGUAAAGUUAUUGAAUGAAAUGCUCAUCAUCUUAGUGCUUGUCAGUUUUUUUAAAGGAAUAGCAUCAAAUAGAAAGUCGAAAAUAAGUGUUCAGUAUUGUGAUUUUAAUAUGAAUUUUUCUUUUCUUUAUUUUUGGCGGGCGUUUGCCCCAAAAUGCUGUAAGACGUUUAAUUUAAGAACACUAAUAAUUCUUGUGCACCAAAACAAAAUAACUGCGAUGAAAUUCAAAGGAAGAGAGAUAAUUUUUGCUUCAUGAAAAUAUUAGCCUCUAUCUUCAAAAUCUGCAGGCAAUUAUUCAUUGAAGAAUUUAAAAAAUAUGUUCAUACCUGUAAGAGGCAUUUAAUCCUUUCACCAGGAGCCAUGAUGACGGUUGUGAAAACUCCGGCAAAAGCUCCAGCAUAAAAAAGUUGACUUGUACUUAACUGUUCAUUUUCGUUAUUUUGUUGAAUUUUUUUCCCAACGCCAAACCCAAAGAAACUUAAGGCAAAAAUUGGUGCUACUCCUGUCAAUGGCGCUGCCAUUCCUGUACAAAAUUAAGAUUUAACACAAAAUUAUGGGAAUGAAGAAAUUGCCUUUCCGUGAAUUAUAUUCUACACGAAAAUUUGGAGGAACCGUGGAUCAUAGUGCUUGAAUUCGUGCCUAGUCUAGAGGUCCAUUGAGUAAAAUGAAAUUCCCAAACAUUUCUCUGAUUUCCCAGACAAAUUUUGGAACAUAAAAUUUCCUGAUAUUUGAAGGUAUGCAAGAUUGUUAAAAAGGCAUGAUUUUUGACAGUUUUCAUAAAGUAAAUACAAAAGGUAAAGGUGAUUUAAUAAAAUGUUCUUGAGAUUUUUGUCAAUAUCUUUGACUUAUUCAAAUUCUGUGACACUUCCCGGUUUCCUAGUUCUCCCCGACUGUAGCAACCCUGUCUUUAAAAUAAUACACUUAGGAAAGUUUGUAACAUUGCAAAUCAAGAUACUCGUUUUGAUAAUUUCAUCAUUGACUCAAGGUUGAUAUUAGGAACCCUAGUUCCACUACUGUUCACUCCUGUUAAAAGUAAUGACUAGAUAUUCUGUGGCAGAUUACAGAUGUAAGUCACCCCUAUAAUCCUCGAGGAAUCUUCUGUCCCUCUGGAAAGGAAUGGAAUAAAUUGGAUGUUAGACAAGAA